UGCAAAUACCAAAUAACGCUGCUACACACAUAGUGGCGUGGUGCUAUCUCCACCAAAUGCUUCUUCCUCUUUCUUCUUCUUCUUGCUCACACUUCCCAUUUCCCGUUUCACACAGUUAACUAUUAAAACAACCAACAUUCUUCUUCAACUACGUCAUCCCCUUCAGUUCCUCUCCUUCCAACUAGCUGAAUCCUGUUUCUCUUUUUAACCGGAGCAAUGGCCACGUGUAUAUCUGCUGUGAACUUGAAUUACCAAAUUGCCCCAAGAACCGUUUCGAAAUUCACUUCUGCGACGAGCUCGGACCAAACGGCGUCGUUCUCGUUUGGCGCGAGCGAGUCGAUGGGACCGAGUCUCAGACUCGCUUUGACUCGUGCUGCUAAGAGCACCACCACUAGGUUGUUGAGGAAGAAGCAUGGCUCUCUUCCGUUGCGAGUGUUUUGCGUCGAUUACCCUCGGCCGGAGCUUGAGAACACCGUGAAUUUCCUCGAAGCAGCGUUCUUGUCUUCGACUUUUCGUGAUGCACCACGGCCAGCGAAACCGUUGAAGGUCGUUGUUGCUGGAGCAGGAUUGGCUGGUUUAUCGACUGCAAAAUAUUUGGCAGAUGCUGGUCACAAGCCUGUAUUACUGGAGGCAAGAGAUGUUCUAGGUGGAAAGGUUGCUGCAUGGCAAGAUGAAGAUGGAGAUUGGUAUGAGACAGGCCUGCAUAUAUUCUUUGGGGCAUACCCUAAUGUGCAGAAUCUAUUUGGAGAACUUGGUAUUAAUGAUCGCUUACAAUGGAAGGAACAUUCUAUGAUUUUCGCAAUGCCAAGUAAACCUGGAGAAUUUAGUCGAUUUGAUUUUCCUGAAGCCCUACCUGCUCCACUAAAUGGAAUUUUGGCAAUAUUGAGGAACAAUGAGAUGCUUACUUGGCCAGAAAAAGUCAAGUUUGCAAUUGGACUUUUGCCAGCUAUGCUUGGUGGUCAAUCUUAUGUUGAAGCUCAAGAUGGCCUUUCUGUUAAAGAUUGGAUGAGAAAGCAGGGUGUACCUGAUCGAGUAACUGAUGAGGUGUUCAUAGCCAUGUCAAAGGCACUAAAUUUCAUCAACCCGGAUGAACUUUCAAUGCAAUGUAUAUUGAUUGCCUUAAACCGAUUUCUUCAGGAAAAGCAUGGUUCUAAAAUGGCCUUUUUGGAUGGCAAUCCCCCUGAAAGACUUUGUAUGCCUAUUGUUGAUCAUAUUCAAUCCUUGGGUGGUGAAGUUCAUCUAAAUUCUCGCAUUCAAAAGAUAGAUCUAAAUGAUGAUGGCACUGUGAAGAGCUUCUUGCUAAAUAAUGGGAAGGUGAUUGAAGGGGAUGCUUAUGUGUUUGCAACUCCAGUUGAUAUUUUGAAGCUUCUUGUGCCUAACAAUUGGAAAGAGAUUCCGUAUUUCCAAAGAUUGGAGAAACUAGUAGGAGUCCCGGUUAUAAAUGUUCAUAUAUGGUUUGACAGAAAACUGAAGAACACAUAUGAUCAUCUUCUCUUCAGCAGAAGUCCACUUUUGAGUGUAUAUGCUGACAUGUCAGUAACUUGUAAGGAAUAUUAUAACCCAAACCAGUCUAUGUUGGAGUUGGUUUUUGCACCUGCUGAAGAAUGGGUUUCUCGAAGUGAUGAAGACAUCAUUGCUGCUACGAUGUCUGAACUUGCCAAACUGUUCCCUGAUGAAAUCUGUGCAGACCAGACAAAAGCAAAGAUUGUUAAGUACCAUGUUGUUAAAACACCCAGAUCGGUUUACAAAACUGUUCCAAAUUGUGAACCUUGUCGUCCCAUACAACGAUCUCCUAUAGAAGGUUUCUAUUUAGCUGGAGAUUACACAAAACAAAAAUAUUUAGCUUCAAUGGAAGGUGCUGUUCUGUCAGGGAAGCUAUGUGCACAGGCUAUUGUACAGGAUUCUGAGCUACUUGCUGCUCGGAGCCAGAAAGCUGUGGCCCAAGCAAGUGUUAUUUAACCAAUUCAUGAAGUGAAGGUAUAUCUGCUAGAAUACGCGCGAGAUCAUUUCAACAUCAGAUUUCACUGUGCUUAAAGGGGCUGAGAUUUUUUGUUUUUUAAAGGCAAAUAUUUUGACAAGGAAUUGUGCAGAAAAAUAUAGUGAAAAAAGCUAAUAUGAGCAAAUAGAAGUGCAUAGAAACUUCAUUUAUAAGGUGGCUAACCGUGGAGCUGUAUUUACAUGCCACUAAUGUUGUAUAUCAUGUAAUGUAAGCCUACAUUUGCCAUAACCUUCCGGUGAGCAGCAAAAUAUUCACAAAAGGGCAUGAGCUCUUCCAUUGAACAAA